AUAUGCGCACAAAGACGUGACAGCAAUUAUUACGGCUGUGUGCGCGUUCGUGAUUAUCGAAGGCCUCUAGGAAAAUGGCCGAAACACGUAAUCCACCGGUGUUUUCCCCAAAAACUCUUUACCAAUUGAGUGUAUUAGCGAUAGCAAACAAGUUUCUAAAUUUGAGGAAGUAUCUUCCCGAUUUACCGAAUGAUGUAUUGUUCGAUGUUUACUAUCAGUUGUAUAAAGAAAAAAGAUUAUGUUUAUUGGGAAUUGACUUCAGCAAUCUAGAGAUUUUUUCUAAGAUGUUAACAGUUACUAGCCGCCGUGUACAUUUGUUACAGAGUUUUCAAAGUCUCAUAGAUCAUGGAGUACGAGUAGAAGAAGAAUUAAGCAUCACUUAUACAUUAUGCUAUCUUGAUGUUAGUGAAAAUCUAGCUGCUGAAGAAAAUUUAAUAAAUUUAGGUCUAAGAAUUGGUGGAUUUUUCAGUGAUGCUGGUUGGUACGCAAAAAGUGAACAGGUGUUAUUAGCAUGCAAACAAUUAUGUUUUGCAAAUAAUUCUAUACCUCAGAAUUGGUGUAGAACAUUAGAAUGUUGCAGAAAACUUUUACAUGUACAAGCUGCAUAUUGUGAAUUUUUACAAGCAGCAAAAACUCAUCAACUUGCUGUAGAAUUAAUAGAAAGAUUGAAAAAGGCAGGGUAUAAUGAUUAUAAUUAUGCUGCUAUUUAUACUGAAUUUAGUAUACUUUUUUAUAUGAAAAGCGAAUAUGACGAAGCUUAUAGAUGGAGUAUAGAAGCAUUAAAACAGCUGAAACCUACGUUGUCUGCACGCAUUACUGUUGAUGUUUUAAGGCAGGCAGCAAAAUCUUGUGUAUUAAAACGCGAAUUUCAGAGAGCUGGUCUAUUAAUCAGACAAGCUGUAUAUCUUGCUAAAGAAGUAUUUGGUAUUGAUCAUCCAGUGUACAGUAAUGUCCUUAUAGAUUAUGGAUUUUAUUGGUUAAACUUUGAUAACAUAAUUAACAGUGUAAAUCUCUAUAAGAAUGCAUUAGCAAUUAGAAUGGAAAUAUUUGGUAAAAUGAAUUUACACGUUGCAUUAGCACAUGAGGAUUUAGCUUAUGCUCUUUAUGUAUAUGAAUAUAGGUCUGGUGAAUUUCCAGAAGCAAGUGUUCAUAUUGAGAAAGCAAUAGACAUAAUGCUAAACCUUUUACAUGGAGAUCAUUUAUUGUUAGCAAGUGCAAAAAGAAUAAAUGCAUUAAUUCUCGAAGAAAUAGCGUUAGAUAGUACAUCAUCGCCAUUAUCGAAACAAAAUUUACUAUUUAAAGCUGAAUGCCUUCAUUUAUCUGCUUUGCAAUCAGCAAAAGAAGCAUUUGGUGAAAGAAAUGUACAAACAGCAAAACAUUAUGGAAAUUUAGGACGUGUGUAUCAGAGCAUGAGGAAAUGUAAGGAAGCUGAAGCAAUGCAUCUAAAAGCUAUACAUAUUAAAGAGGAAUUAUUAGGACCAGAUGAUCAUGAAGUUGGUUUGAGUAUAGGACACUUAGCUUCGUUGUAUAAUUAUCACAUGAACCGAUAUAGAGAUGCUGAAAGGCUUUAUUACAGGAGUAUUGGAAUUAGUUUGAAAUUAUUCGGUAAAAGUUAUAGUGGUCUAGAAUAUGAUUAUCACGGACUUUUAAAUGUUUAUACAAAAUUGAAUGAAUAUGACAAAAUUAUAGAAUAUGCAACAAUAUUAAAUAAUUGGAAAAUGUUAAGAGAUAAACACUUGGAAUCAAAAGAACCAACAAUUGAUCCUAAAAGACGGCCACAACCAAUCGAAGAAAUAAUCGAAAAAUUUUUUUCUAUGUAAUAUAAUUGUAUAUUAAUAUUUUAAUCAUCAUUGUCUCGGCGAUUGACAUAGUUAAUUCCAAUUUUGUUGGAGUAACUCGGGCCAAAGUAUAAAUAAAAUCACGAGUUACAUUAUAUGAUCUAGGAUAUCGUAAAUCAUAUAUUUUUGACAGUAUCAUUAAGAUUUUUCAAACAUAGUCACAUGAACUUCAUGUUUCUUCUUUGUACCUCAUCAUUUUGUAUGUAUUAAUUAUUUUUACAACUAGUUUUAGCGGAAAAUCAAGAAUGUUUAGAGCUGAAUAUUUUUUGCACCGUGAUCAAAUAUCAGCAGCAUUUAAAACAUGUUUAUCAUUGUAAGAUUUAUAUAUAUUUCAGUUGAUCUAUAAAAUAUUAAAAAAAUUCUAAUUAUUUUUAUAAA